AUCGGCUGCGAACAUAAAAUUUUUGUGAUUUUUUUCGGUGCCAUCGAGCAACGAUGAAUUUUGACUUUAACGGGCAUCGUUUAAGCCGGUUCAGUUUUCUGGCUUUUGGUUAGCCACGGGACGAGUAUAGAGGAAACAAUUUAAGUAUUGGAAUAUCGGAGGGCGACCGCAGCGCAAGAAUAUUAAUGAGGAGGCAGAGCUCGGGGUGCGGCUUGAUGUUGACAGCGAGCAGCUGAAACGCAACUGAAGCAGCAGCUGCCGGGGCCACAAAGGCCACAGUCCCAAGUAGCAGUUGUUAUAGCGACUCCGCCUGGCCAUUCACACCACGGACGCAAUCAGGCGAGGCAAACACUACCACACCUACCACUACCACCACCACCUCAAGCUCCCCCACCGCCAUCAUCUGACGACCAAAAUUGACAACAUGGUCACGAACAUGUCGGAGCCGCAUUAUUGCGGCGCCAGCGUCGAUGAUUUUCACACGAACUAUAAAUAUAUCCAUGGGUACUUUUCGCUCAUCGUCUGCAUCUUGGGCACCCUGGCCAACACCUUGAACAUAAUUGUGCUGACGCGUCGUGAGAUGCGAUCCCCCACCAAUGCGAUACUCACGGGCCUGGCCGUGGCCGAUCUGGCCGUCAUGCUGGAGUAUAUACCCUAUACUGUGCACGACUACAUACUCAGCGCGCGUCUGCCGCGUGAGCAGCAGCUCAGCUAUGGCUGGGCCUGCUUCAUCAAGUUUCACUCGAUCUUUGCGCAAGUGCUUCACACCAUCUCCAUUUGGCUGACAGUUACGCUGGCCGUCUGGCGUUACAUAGCCGUUAGCUAUCCGCAGCGUAAUCGGAUUUGGUGCGGCAUGCGCACCACCACAAUAACCAUAGCGACAGCCUAUGUGGUGUGCGUGCUGGUGGUGUCGCCGUGGCUCUAUUUGGUCACUGCGAUAGCCAAGUUUCUGGAGACACUGGAUGCCAAUGGCAAGACGAUUCGGUCCGUGCCCUUGAGUCAAUACAUCUUGGACUACAACAACGAGGAGCACAUCACGAUGCAAGUGAUGUCCAGCACCACGCCGGACAUGGCCUGGUCUAUGGCCACGGGCGGCAGCAACACCACUGUGGUCAACAUGCCAAGUUCCUCCACUGAUUUGGCCACCCUAAUGACAACAGUUCUACCCGACACGGGAGAGCGCAACGUGACGGUCUACAAAUUGUACCACAGCGAGCUGGCGCUACACGAUCGACCUCUGCGCAAUGCCACAUUUCUCAUUUACAGCGUGGUGAUCAAGCUGAUACCCUGCUUUGCCCUCACUGUGCUCUCCGUGCGCCUGAUUGGCGCUUUGCUGGAGGCGAAAAAGAGACGCAAGAUACUCGCCUGCCAUGCGGCCAACGAUAUGCAGCCCAUUGUCAACGGUAAGGUCGUCACGCCCACGCAACCCAAAAGCUGUAAGCUGCUGGAGAAGGAGAAGCAAACGGAUCGCACCACACGCAUGCUGUUGGCGGUGCUGCUGCUGUUUCUCAUUACAGAAUUUCCACAGGGCAUCAUGGGUUUGCUGAAUGCGAUGCUCGGCGAUGCGUUUCUCAUGCAGUGCUACCUUAAGCUGAGUGACCUAAUGGACAUCUUGGCACUUAUUAAUUCGAGCAUUAAUUUCAUACUCUACUGCUCGAUGAGUCGACAGUUCCGCAGCACAUUCACGCUGCUAUUCCGGCCGCGCUGGCUCGACAAAUGGCUUCCGCUGUCGCAGCAUGAUGGCGAUGGUCGCGACGGUGCCGGCGGUCGGUUGAAUGGCUAUGGCAGGGAGCGACUGGUGCAAACGGAUGCUGUUAGCAAGAGCAUGGCCAUUGAUCUGGGCCUGACGACGCAAGUGACGAACGUGUAGCAGGAAUGCAGCAGGGCAGUGUCGACAGCGGCAACAACAACAACAGCAACAACAACAACAGCAGCAGCAACAAC